AUGGCAAUGUCGAGUUUGGCUCUCAGAGCCCAGCUCAGGAUAGCAACAAGUCAAACCAAAGCUUUAAUACCCAGAAGUACCCUCCGAAUCACACGACCAUGGGCUUGUCGCCAACAGUCACGCCAUAUUACCGGGUCUAUAACCAGACCCAUUGGCAGACGUACCUUCUAUACUAGCUCUGCUAGCGAUGAGACGAAUAGCUUGCCCACGGCUCCAGACUCCCGUGGAGCCUAUCUCCCUCUCGAUACCUUCCCACGCCGACAUAUUGGCCCCGAUGCGGAGUCCACCGAGCAGAUGCUGGAAGCCCUGGAUCCUCCAGUCAAGAGCUUGGAUGAAUUCAUCAAGCAAGUUCUUCCAGGAGAUAUUUUGUCCUCCGCGGACCUCGAAAUCGACACUGUGCAAGCUGGUGGAGAGGAGGGAUUUACGGAAUCACAAUUGUUAGCGAGACUUCGAUCAAUCGCUGGGAACAACACGAUUAUGCGGAGUUAUAUUGGCUGUGGAUACGCAGGAACAAGAGUACCCGAAGUUAUAAAGCGAAAUGUCCUGGAAGGGCCAGGAUGGUACACAAGUUAUACUCCGUACCAGCCAGAGAUCAGUCAAGGACGAUUGGAGUCUUUAUUGAACUACCAAACACUUGUCUCCGACCUCACAGCCCUCCCGAUUUCGAAUGCCUCACUCCUCGACGAAGGAACUGCUGCGGCGGAAGCCAUGACUUUGUCUCUGAAUGCUCUUCCGGCAUCAAGACAGAAGAGCAAGGACAAGACAUUCUUCGUCAGUCAUUUGGUACACCCGCAAACGAAAGCUGUCCUGCAGAGUCGAGCAGAUGGAUUUGAUAUCAAGAUUGAGAUAGGAGAUGUGCUUGCGGACGAAGGCAAGCGUAUAAAGGAGCUCGGCAAAGAUCUCGUUGGAGUUCUUGUCCAGUAUCCAGAUACCGAGGGAGGGGUGGAAGAUUUUAAAGCUUUGGGGGAUCUGAUUCACGAGCAAGGAGCCACUUUCAGCGUUGCUACAGAUCUUCUUGCUUUGACAGUCCUAACACCUCCCGGAGAGUUUGGUGCUGAUAUUGCAUUUGGAAAUGCCCAGCGAUUUGGUGUACCAUUUGGAUAUGGCGGCCCUCACGCAGCUUUCUUCGCUGUUAGCGAUAAAUACAAGCGAAAGAUGCCCGGACGAUUGAUUGGAGUUUCCAAGGACAGAUCAGGAGAUAGGGCUAUGAGGUUGGCUCUGCAAACUAGAGAGCAGCAUAUCAGACGAGAGAAGGCUACUAGCAAUGUUUGUACAGCACAAGCAUUGCUGGCUAAUAUGAGCGCUUUCUAUGCAGUUUAUCACGGUCCGCAAGGACUGAAGCAGAUUGCUGAAAGGGCCAUUCAAGGAGCCAGAAUCAUCGAAGCAGGUGUAAACGCGAUGGGCUUCGAGACCGGAUCUAGAGGAAAGGGGGAAGAUGGUAGAGUCCUGUUUGACACUGUAGUUGUCAAUGUAGGUCAAGGAAAGGUCGAUGACGUGCUGGAGUUCGGCAUAAAGUCUUUCGGUAUCAAUUUGAGAAAAUUCGACGAUAGCCGAGUUGGUAUCACCGUCGACGAGACGGUGGACUAUAAAGAUCUUGUGGACAUCCUGGCCAUAUUCGAGCCUUCGGCAUCCAAGAAGGAUGUCAAGAUUGACCAGGUCAUUGAAUCCUUACCUGACAAUGGCGCUCUUUCGAUCCCCGCAGGAUUCAAGAGAACGUCCGAUUAUCUCACCCACCCGGUCUUCAACACGCACCACUCAGAGACCGAACUUCUUCGUUACAUCCAUCAUCUCCAAUCGAAAGAUUUAUCCCUUACUCACUCCAUGAUACCCUUGGGAUCUUGCACGAUGAAGCUUAACGCUACGACUGAGAUGGCACCCAUCACAUGGCCAGAGUUCGCCUCAAUCCAUCCAUUUGCCCCUGUCGACCAGGCUAAAGGCUACAAGAUCAUGAUCGAUGAACUGGAAGUUGACUUAGCUAAAAUAACUGGCUUUGAUGCUGUAUCUUUGCAGCCCAACUCAGGAGCCCAGGGCGAGUUCACUGGCCUUCGAGUUAUUCGAAAGUAUCAGGAACAACAGCCAGGAAAGAAGCGUGAUAUUUGUCUGAUCCCUGUUUCCGCUCAUGGCACGAACCCUGCUUCUGCUGCCAUGGCUGGAAUGCGUGUUGUCACUGUCAAGUGCGACACUAAGACCGGCAACCUUGAUAUGGCGGAUUUGAAGGCGAAGUGUCAGAAGUAUAGCGAGGAACUAGGUGCAAUCAUGAUCACAUACCCUAGCACUUUUGGCGUCUUCGAGCCCCAGAUCAAGGAAGUGUGUGACGUGGUUCAUCAGCAUGGCGGCCAAGUGUACAUGGAUGGCGCGAACAUGAACGCUCAGAUUGGAUUAUGCUCCCCUGGAGAAAUUGGUGCCGAUGUUUGCCAUCUCAACCUCCACAAGACUUUCUGUAUUCCCCAUGGUGGCGGAGGUCCAGGAGUAGGUCCGAUUGGUGUCAAGUCUCACUUGGCCCCUUUCCUUCCAGGUCACCCUCUGGUUCAGACUGGCGGUGAGAAGGCUAUCGCACCUGUAAGUGCAGCUCCUUGGGGAAGUGCGAACAUCCUGCCCAUCAGUUGGGCCUACAUCAAGAUGAUGGGUGGACGAGGCCUAACCCACGCCACCAAAAUCACCCUCCUCAACGCCAACUACAUCAUGUCCCGCCUACGCCCUCAUUACCCUAUCCUCUACACCAACUCCGCCUCCCGCUGUGCCCACGAAUUCAUCCUCGACGUACGCGGUUUCAAAGAAACAGCCGGCAUCGAAGCUAUCGACGUCGCGAAACGCCUGCAAGACUACGGAUUCCACGCCCCGACCAUGAGCUGGCCCGUCGCUAACACGCUUAUGAUCGAGCCCACGGAGUCUGAAAGCAAGGAAGAGCUUGAUCGCUUCAUCGACGCUUUGAUUUCCAUAAGAAAAGAGAUCCGAGCUGUGGAAGAGGGCGAGGUGCCCAGGGAUGGCAAUGUGUUGAAGCUGGCGCCACAUUCGAUGAAGGAUCUAUUGAGUAGCGAGUGGGCGAGGCCAUAUACAAGGGAGGAGGCUGCGUAUCCAUUAAGCUGGUUAAGGGAGAAGAAGUUUUGGCCCAGUGUUACUCGUUUGGAUGAUGCAUAUGGCGACAUGAACCUCUUCUGUACCUGCGGCCCCGUUGAACCAGUCGAUGAGACGGAAGAUGGAAUCACAGGCGUUUCGGCCCCCAAUCCUACAUAA